AUGUCACGUUCCUCACCUCAUGAACAGAUCCCUUACGCUGGGCUGCUGAUAGUCUUGUACGCCUCGCAACGUUCCAUCCUCUACCAGAAGCCCAACGUUUUUGCUGAGCCGACGAUCAAUGGGGGGCGGCUUGUCCGAUUGACAGCGGGUAAAACCCUAAAGACGCUGUUUGAAAGGAGAAGCGUCUCGAGCUCUAGUUUCAGCCCUGUUUUUCCCACCAAAGUCACCAGAGGCACGGUAUCAACGAUCUCGGGGAGGAACGUGACAGUUUUUCAGCUCCCAACGAUUGUCUACUUCCAUGGGAAUGCGGAUCAGUCGGGAAGCAACGUUGAGAGGUGUCAGAUCGGGUGGGGAGCCUCGUACAUCGGCAAGGUGAUUCACGACCUGUACGGCUUCGGAUUCUAUGGUGUCGAGUAUCCUGGCUACGGCACGUCGGAGGGGUUGAAGACAUGUGAAGAAAGCAUCUAUCUGUCCUCAGUGCAGACCUCCUUCCCCAUUAUCAGCUUCGGCCUCCGCCUACUCCCAUGGCUAGUCAGGGACAAGUUCGACAACCUGGGCAAGGCGAGCAAGAUCGACAUUCCGACUGUCGUCCUUCAUGGCGAUGAGGAUGAGAUCGUACCUUACUCGCAAGGAGCGCAGCUUUCCAAGGCGAUCAAGGGGAGUCGACUGGUCACUAUAGAAGGGGGAGGGCACAACAAUCUAUUUGGGUCUCGUUUCGAGCAGCAGGUUGAGCGGAUCGUGUGA